AAUAUAAACCAAUGUGAAGAAUAUUGGUAUCUGACAAACAAAGUAGUGAAACAUGUGAAAACUGUUUUGUAUGAUGCUUCUGUAGCCAGGCAGCAGUGAGCCUCUUUCACCAGGACAGACAGGUGGGGACGGAUUUAUUAUGUCUUAGUGAGAACAGCUGUCCAGAUGUGACUGUGCUCAUCAGUUAAAACGCUUCAGGCUGUGGAGGAAGAUAAACAGCUGCUGAACACCUGUAUUAAAGCUGCGUGAGGGACAGGAGGAGAAAGCUCAAAGACCAGACUCUGUGAUAGGACACUGCUGCCUAGAUGUUCCACACAGACCAGAAUCCAGAUGUGAGCUAACACACAGGUGAAGGUAGGUUUAUUAUAACUACAACACAAUAUUUUCGAUUGAGAAACUGAAUGUUAUAUUGGCAGGAGGGAUUGUUGGGUGCAUAUAGUGCUGAAACCAGAGGAGGUAUUACAUUUUUUCAAUGUAAGAAUGAAGUUUGGUCAUUAUAUUGACUUUAAUACAAUGAUUUACCAGUUCUACUAAUAUUCAUUUUGGAUCCACCCAAUCCAAGCUGUACUAAAAAGAAAGAAAGAAACAUUCCCUUCAUGCCAUCUUACAUGUGAACAGACAUUAAACCAAACUCCAUUCAGAUUUUAUUGCUGAUGUACGUUGCCUGCUGUUGUAUAGUUGACAUAUCACGUGGUUCAUUUUGAAUUUAAGCCCUGUGUAUGAAGUUACAGGUGCCUGGAUUCACUGUGAUUGGUUGGCAGUAACUACCUGCAGACCUUACCGAGGGAGAAUUUGCCCUCCGCCUGUUUACAUAAGCAGUACGUGAGGUGGACUUCCUGGUUGGGAGUCACUGUAUGUCAACAAAACGGUAGGCGGAUUUCUCAUAACGAGACGUGUAUCAGGAAAUCCCGGUUCCGUAGUCCAGGCCUUGCGCUUUGUUUAGUGUUGGUAGAUGUGAAAUGACUUUCGGGAGAGUUCUCUCUGCGGUUCUUGUACCGAUAUGCUGGGUGUUCGUGGUCGUGGCGUCCGAUGCGCCCAAAGCCACCGCCGGCAGCACCGCGGGCCUCAAACCCGCUGUGACGAACUCCAGUGGCGGGAACAACACACACAGCGGCGGUGAGAGCCACGGAAAAAUAUCCAACGGCUCCAACCUGGACAGGUCGCUGAUCCAGAGGGCCCUGUACGUCCUCAUCGCCAUCACCACAGCCGGAGUCCUCUACUUCCUCAUCCGAGCCGUGCGGCUGAAGAAGCCCACCCAGAAGAAGAAGUACGGUCUGCUGUCGAACUACGACGACUCUGUGGAAAUGGAGGUGGUGGAGAGCGACGAGGAUGACACACUGUACGAAGCUCGCAGCCUCCGCAGAUGAGCCCUGUUGGAGUGUCUGUGUCUGCUGAUGGAUCGUUGGAGCGGUGUUUUCUGGAGGAUAUGGAUAAGGAGCCUGUCAGGUGGUAUUGAUUAGUGGACAUAAACAUAGGACCAAACAGUUAUUGAGGCUCAAUGCCAAAGCUGCAUGCUGCUCCAGAAGCCGAGCAGGAUGAUAAGUAUUUUUUUAUUGUGGGAUGGAUGAUCGCUGUUGUAAAGUUUGUGUUUUCAUGGAGGAGCAGGACGUUCUCUGUGGAUCAUCAUCAGGCCAAACGCUCCUCUGCCCUUUAUCGAUAUUAUUUCAAAGCUUUUCCAUUGUCUUGUUUUUUCAUUCUGAGCUUCUCUGCUCCAACUGUGUGCUUCAGCAGCUGGGAACGCUGCGUGCUCACUGACCAGGAUGUUUCCUCCCAACAGACUCUGACCCGACAUGACCACAACUUCAGCUUCAUUUCUGGCAUCUUUGAGCUAAAAUGUUAAAGGAUAAUUCUGCUUU